CUCUCGAUCGUUCCUAGGCUGUGUGAGUGAUGAUGCGGGAGUCUGCCACGGGGACAGUAGGCCCCGGUUCAGAGAGUCCGCGCGGGCUGAGCGCUGUGCGCGGACAGGUAGACGCUGGCGGUAGGGACGGGCGUCCAGGUGACUGCGGCGGUGGAGGGAGAGUUCCGGAGCUCCUGCACCUGCGGCAGCAGCAGGCCCUACAGGCAGCCAGACAGCUCCUCCUCCAGCGGCCCGGCGGCGGCCCGACGUCCCCAAAGAACCGCGACAAACAGCCUCCGCUGCAGGUGUCGGUGGCCAUGAUGAGUCCGCAGGUGAUCACCCCCCAGCAGGUGCAGCAGAUCCUCCAGCAGCAGGUUCUGUCCCCCCAGCAGCUCCAGGCCCUGCUGCAGCAGCAACAGGCCGUCAUGCUCCAGCAGCAACAUCUGCAGGAGUUUUAUAAGAAGCAGCAGGAGCAGUUACACCUGCAGCUCCUGCAGCAGCAGCACCCGGGCAAGCAGGUGAAAGAGCAGCAGCAGCAGCAGCAGUUGGCGGCGCAGCAGCUCGUGUUCCAGCAGCAGCUCCUCCAGAUGCAGCAGCUCCAGCAGCAGCAGCACCUGCUCAGCCUGCAGCGCCAGGGCCUGAUCUCCCUGCCCCCGGGCCAGGCCCCCUCGCUGCCCGGGCAGACGCUCCCGCAAGCUGGCCUGAGUCCUGUGGAGCUGCAGCAGUUAUGGAAGGACGUGAGCGCGACGCACAGCAUGGACGAGGGGGCCAUUAAACACGGCGGGCUCGACCUCACCACCACCGCCAACUCUUCCUCCUCUUCCUCCUCUACCUCCUCCUCCGCCGUCUCCAAAGCCUCUCCGCCCAUCUCCCAUCACCCCUCCAUGGUGAACGGCGGCCAGUCCUCUGCGCACGGCUCCAGACGGGAGAGUGUGCUGCAGGAGGAGACGGGGGCGUCGCACUCUCUCUACGGACACGGCGUCUGCAAGUGGCCCGGCUGCGAGAGCGUCUGCGAUGACUUCGGACACUUCCUCAAGCACCUGAACAGCGAGCAUGCGCUGGACGACCGCAGCACCGCGCAGUGCCGGGUGCAGAUGCAGGUGGUGCAGCAGCUGGAGAUCCAGCUGUCUAAGGAGCGCGAGCGUCUCCAGGCCAUGAUGACCCACUUGCACAUGAGACCCUCUGAGCCCAAGCCGUCUCCCAAACCGCUCAACUUGGUUUCGAGUGUCACCAUGUCUAAGAACCUGCCGUCUGCGUCCCCUCCAAACUUACCUCACACCCCGACCACGCCCACGGCCCCCGUCACCCCCCUGUCCCAGGUGCCCUCUGUGCUGAACCCCGCCAGCGUGCCCAGCGGGGGCGCCGUCCGGAGACGCCACUCCGACUCCAUCAAGCACUCCAUCAGCCUGUCCUCAGAGAUCGCCCCUAACUACGAGUUUUAUAAGAACGCAGACGUCAGGCCGCCGUUCACUUAUGCAACUCUCAUCAGGCAGGCCAUCAUGGAAGCCAGGGACAAUCAGCUAACGCUCAACGAGAUCUACAGCUGGUUCACCACCACGUUCGCCUACUUCAGACGCAACGCCGCCACUUGGAAGAAUGCUGUGCGGCACAACCUCAGCCUGCACAAGUGCUUUGUGCGGGUGGAGAACGUGAAGGGGGCCGUGUGGACCGUGGACGAGAUGGAGUACCAGCGGAGGCGCUCGCAGAAGAUGACGGGAAGCCCAACGCUGGUUAAAAACCUGCCGUCUGGCCUGGGCUAUGGAGCUGCUCUCAACGCCAGCCUGCAGGCUGCACUAGCGGAGAGCAGUAUGCCGUUGCUGGGCAGCGCUGGGUUCAUGAGCUGCAGUAACUCCGCCGGGCUGCUCCAGGCCUGUGCUGAGGAGCUCAACGGCUCCCUGGACCACCUGGACACCAACGGACACAGCAGCCCCGCCUACUCACCGCAGGCCCACAGGCUACCGUCAUUCCACGUCAAGGAAGAGCCGUUGAACUUGGACGACGAGGACUGUCCGAUGUCAUUAGUAACAACAGCCAAUCACAGUCCGGAGCUGGACGACGACAGGGAGCUGGAGGAGGGCGAUUUUUCGGAGGAGGUGGAGUAGCAGGGCCGGGCGGACCCCAGCUGAUGGGGCGACGCUCGCGCCAGACCUGUACUGUGACUUAUUUAUUGAGCAUGUGUCAAAGGAACGCCAGAGGACCUCUUUACACGCCUCUACACGGGAGCCAGGAGACCGGCGGAAAACGCCCCGCUCUGUAACCUACAAAGACUUACUUCCUUAAUGAACUCCAUGGCUUGGCCAUAAAAAUACACAAAUGAACUGCGUGUGGCUCCUGUGGCCAUCGUGGUCACAGGGAAACAGGAAGAUGUGUUCUGUAUAAAAGCUGAAGGCUUUGUGAACUCUUACUGCCAAAAAUAUCGUCAAAGAUCACCUUCGCGGUAGUCACUGCAGUGACAGACAUUACCAGUCCCGUUUGAGUUGUUGCUCUCUUUAUCAUUCGCCAUUUGCACAAGUGUAGUUUCAGAACUUAGCAUCACGAGCCUGUAUGUUGCUAAAUGACCAGUAUUUUUAGUUUUUAUUAACUACUUCAUUGAAUUAUAAUUUUGGCACCGACACAUUUAAAUGAAAUCCGAUUCAUCACAUCAAUAACAGAAGAACCACAAAUAUCAACUUGCAGCUUAGAGAAAAAACUUAACUAGACUUUUUUUUUUUGUUAAACUUUGUACGUGCUGAAAUGUGACGUGCGGCAUCAUGUUGAAACUGUGCCAGCACAGUUGUGGGGGGGUGGGGGGGUGGGGGGUUGCAUUUUGUCACUAUCUGUCACUCCUCAGUUUACCUCCGUGUUCUAAAGCUUUGCGAACAGUCGAAGGCAGCAGCUAGAAACCAAAGCCAGCUCUUUCAGUGGCUGACGAGCAGGACGGUGGGGCAGCCAUCACCCCCCGGGUCGGCCCUGCCCAAACUUUAAUUAGCAUGCCGAACGGAAGCUUUCCGCAAACUACCUUUCUGAUUUAAAACUCUGGGAUUCUUUCAUUUAGCCCUGUACAAAGAUCUGAAGCGUGUUGAGCUGAUCGCUGGUAGAGGGUCUCCACCUGGAGGUCCGGAAGGGGCCAGCUCAUGGGGCUAGAGGGAUGCAGGCGUUUGAGAGACCUUGGGGGGGGGGGGGUACAGUAUGGGGGGACAGCACAUAAAUCAUGAAGAUUCUGACCAAAACAACACGUGUGUGUUUAAGUGAAAGUGUCGAUAUUUGUUGUAAAGCAUUUUGUUUUAUUUUUAUUCCAGUUUUCACCAUGCCUAUGCUUUUUGGCAUUGAUCCUACCAUUUCUCCACAGCUGCAUAAAUUGAAAGUGAAGACACAGUAACCAAACAUUAAACAUCUAGUAAAGCCAAA